AUGUUUGCUGCUGCAACCAAAAACUUUGUUAAACAGGUUGGUGACGGAGGAAGACUCGUGCCAGUGCCCAGCCUCAGUGAAGCUGAUAAGUACCAACCUCUCAGCCUUGUGAUUAAGAAAAGAAAAUGUUUGCUUUCGAAAAAAUCUAAAUUUGCUUCGACACCUUUCACAUUAAAAGACAUUCUUGAAGGGGAGAAAGAAAUUUCUGCAGGUGUUUCGUCCUACCAGUUGCUCAACUAUGAAGACAAAUCAGAUGUUUCGCUCAAUGGUAGAAGAGGAAAUCAGAUAAUCAAUGAUGUUGGUUUUGAUGUUGCUGGAUCAGAUUCUAUUGCCUUUAAAGCUUCAUUUGGCAUAGUGACCAAACACGAGGUUGAAGUACCGACACUACUUAAAGAACUUACUACAAGAAAAAUAAACUUUGAUCAUUGUCUAGUCCAUCAAACAAGGAAAAGUAGGAUGGAGAUUCUGUGUGUAGUCAUGGAAAGCAUUAGGACAACAAGGCAGUGCUCAUUAACUGUUCAUACUGGGAUGCGUGGAGAGACUAUGAGGUUUCACAUAAUUGAAGACCAAAAUAAUAAAGGACGGGACAAAGCCAUUGUUUUUCCUGCACAUACAACAAUUGCUUUUAGUGUAUUUGAACUUUAUAUUCGUUUGGAUGGAAAUUUUGAACUGUGCGUGACUCCAAUUGCAAAGGGGGGAUUUGAAAAAGAGAAAUCUGGAUCAUCUUCAAUGAACAAAUUAAGGAGAUUAAAGCAUAAUCUCUUUCAUCGAAAUAAAAGAAUAGUGAGUAUCGUCCCUAGCUCUGAUGGUUACUUGGAGGACCUUUUUACAGACUACUAUGAGAAAGCUGCAAGCAUGACUGAUCUCUCUACAAGCUAUCUCAGAGAUGGGGCUCAUGUCCGAAUUAAUUUACUUAAUAACAACAUCCCCAAAGGUCCUUGUGUCCUUUGUGGAAUGGGAAGUUCUAAAAGAGAAACAGUCUAUGGAUGCCUAGAGUGCUCUUUUAAUGGACAUAAGUAUGUACGACUGCAUGCCGUGCCCUGUUUCGACCUCUGGCAUAAAAGAGUGAAGUAACUGCUGUAGGUAAGUGCCUGUUGUUACCGACAUGGGCAUAACUGGGUGCCACAAAGUUUUCAGAGUUAUUACAUAUGACUCAAAUGGUUUAAAUGCAAAAUAGUGGAAGUGCAAAAUAUUUUAUUACACUAUUUUCAACUUAUUUGCUUCACAAUGAUCUUAAUUACUUGAAAAUGUUC